AUGGCCCGGCUAGCUGUGCCGCCUAUAGACAAACGUCUCCGCGAAUUGUUAUUGCCGGUUUUGGCGAAUAAACGCCUAGGAGACGACGCGCUUUGGCAGGCUGAAAUCUUGCCUCUUCUCCACAAUUUCCUUGAUUCCUUGGCCGACCUGGUGCGCCAGUCCGCCACCACAAAUGCAAACGCGCCAACGGCCCUGAUUACUGACGACAUCCACAAAAUGUUGGGCGUGAUAUCCCGCAAUUUGGCCGGCUCUUUCGCAGACGCGGCUCCCUUCACCAUCCACCGUGUCGCCGAACUUAUACUUGCAUACCACGAAAGUGGGUAUUCGCUCAAUACAGUCAUCCUGGCACGAAAAUGGCUAACGGCACUUGCACGAGUUUUGUCGGUCACUUCCUCUGAACUAUCAUAUAUGGAUACGCGGGUGCAGGCCCUGCCGCUAUCAGAAGGCACCACAGCUGGAGAAUCGCUCGGGGUUUUGGAGCACGAACGCCAGCUGGCUGAACUCCCCCAAAUUAUCCGUUUUGAGCGCUUAGAAUGGCCCAAAAUUCCCGAUGUAGAACAGAAGAGAAACGAGGAUGAUCAUCCUGACGAGCCCACGGCAAAGAGACCCAAACCAUAUGCAGAGGAGGAGACGCGAUCUCCUCUUCAGACGAAUGGUGACGCUAGUCUCGCUGAAGAAAUACCCCCUUGUGUCAUUGACUCUUCAAAUACUGAUGAAGCGCAUGAUAUGCCUGGGAACGCGUCAAACGAAGACUCCCCGCAUGAACAAGAACCAAUGCAAAACAACGGGAUCCAGGGCCUGCUCACUCUUUUGGUCCGUGAGUCUCCUGACAAACAGGCUCAGAUCAACGCAGAAGGUGAAGUCGAUACUCCGCAGAACGAAACACGUCCUGGCUCGGCCGCAAAGUAUCCACAAGGCCGUGCCAAGGAGAACCAAGACUCGGGCCUUUCGCACCCGGCUUUCUACGAGAAUGGCCCCAUCGACCAAGACAAUAAAAUGAGGCACAAGGAAGAAGUCCUGAUAUGA